CAAUAACACAAAUCUACAAUCCAGCAGUUCGAAGAAGGUUUGGUUUGAAAAGUUUUUCUGUUUUUCGACAAAUAUCAAUACCACAAAAAAAAACUUUUGAAUGACUGCAGGAGCAAGAUGUAUACAAAACAUUUACUUUACCUUUAGAAUCCUGUUUUCUUUCAUAUCAGUAAUGUUAAUCAACACGAUUAUUUCCUUAAACACGUUCUGUUAUUGAUUGUGGACAAUUGUAAUGUAAUGAGAAUUUAUCAGUACUCGUGGUGGAGCAAAUAUGGAACUAAUUGUAGGGGUUGUGCUCUGAUUUAGCUGAAAUACAUGCAUUGCAUACACAUGCAUUUUUGGAUUGAUAAACGCAGCCAAGGAUGUGGGUUUAAUGUUCGUCGUCAGGUGCCACCGUCGCUCUCUGGGUACGGGCGUAAUCAGAGGAUCCUGUGUGGUAGUCUCUAUCCAGAACCGAUGGUCACUCCAGUUCACAGAUUCCAGUCCAUUGAGAGUGCGACUAACAACCGGCUACGCUACGCUAGGUCACCCGGGUACCACCCCAGGAUACAUUCACAAGUGCCACCCACCGUACACUACAAUGGGUCCAGCAGUAACAUCCGGAUGCCUCACAUGGGAAGGUCUCUGGAAAUGAUAGCGCCGGGCCACACCCCGACGGCUCGCAACAACAACUCUCCGAAGUCCAAACUGAAAUGCGGAGUGUGGAUAUUCUUCGCCGUAGUGACAUUCUUUUUAGCGGGAGCAAAAUAUUAUUUCCACGGGAUAAACAUAGGUGUCGAAGCUUUGGUGUUCUGUUCCCUCUUGGUGAUAGUACUUAUCAUAGGUGGUUUGAUUUCGUUAUGCGAGGCCAUUACGUCGUAUUCUCCAACGCACACACCAAUAGACGCCCCUAACAUGGCUACGCCCGAGCAGACCUUACUUUUGCAGCAGGAAAUCGAGGAGACACACAACCAAGUGCCAACACCGGCCAUGCCGCAGAACUCGUCGGAGAUGCCGCCUCCCCCCUACCACAUAGCCGUCAUGUUGUCCCCGACCGCCGACCUGGACGCCAUCCAAGUUAUAAGGGACUCUCCCCCGCCUUCUUACGAGAAGGCCGUCACUUGAUCACCCCGACCUAAUCUCCAUUGAAGCUAGUCCUAAUAACGCUAUCUAUACUUUCCUAAAGUGUCACUUUUCGAUUGUCGGAAGGGUUCCAUAAUUGUUUACGGUAGUCGCGGACUGAAAUUUGAUCUCUUAAUGAUAGACUGCCGAAUUCCGAUUUGUUUUAAAGGAACAAGCAAUAUACAAAUUUGUUUUCCUUCGCCCCCGCCCCGAUUUUUUUAUGUUGACACUUUUAGAAACUAUUUUAGAUUGAUGGGAUGUAAAUUUCUUGUUUUUUUCUGUUUGAAUUUUUCGGUUUACGAUAUUGGUUGUUUUUUUAAAAUCGAGCCAGGACACCUACACGGAUUUUUUCUUUCUCUACACGCAGUACACCUACAGGUACUCGCUCGGAUCGAGGGUGGUGAGGAGACGUGAUUUUAUAUUAAAAUCGCGUAAGUUUAUCUUUUAUAUUUCUAAGUGUAAGUCUAUAUAUAUACAUUCUAUACUCUUUACUAUAUUCCUAUAUCGACUAUAAGUAUCAUGUUUUGGAAUCGUGUGCCAUAUUUAUCACGUCUAAAUUUGAAUACUCUACUUAUUAGGAUUUUUACAAUCUUUUUAUAAUGAUUUUAAUACAGCAAUCUCUGCGCGUCUGUGCCGUUUAUACAAACUAGUUCUUUAAUUUUUGUUUUGUGAUAAUAUUUUAAGGGCAAUAUAUUCGUAGGGUGUACAUAAUUUUUUGUUUGGAGACAAUCAGAAUCUCGUUUUUUUAAUUACGUGUCGUGCUGUAUUUAUAUUCCACUAUUUCGUAACGAUAGAUAUUUUGUAUGUAUAUCAAUAAAUGAUGGUAUUACGACCAAUUAUAUUUUUGUAUUGAUUUAUAAGAGCUUCGGUAGUUUAAUUUUCGUACAAAAUUGUUAUUAUUUAAUGUAAUCGCUAAGCAUCAAAUAAGAUUAUUCCCCUAUUUAUAUAUAUUGUGUUAUACAUGUUGA